AUGUUCCGAUCGCUGACUCUGUCAGGAUUCGGUGGUUUCGGCCAAAACCUGGGGACCACCAACAGUCCGUUUGGAGGUAGUGGCACUGCCAAUACCUCUCCGUUCGGAGCCAACAAUUCUGGAGGCACUGGGUUGUUUGGGGGUGCCAACACAAACACUCAGCUGGGAGGCGCCUUCGGCCAACUGGGAGGUGCCUUUGGGAGCAACACCACCACGUCGCCGUUUGGUGCCAACAACAAUACUACCGGCAAUGCCCUGGGAGGGUUGUUUGGCAGUAACACGAACUCCUCCCCCUUUGGAGGGGGCGCUUUCAACCAAAACGCCAAUACCACCAAUCAAGGCACGGCGGUGAAGCCAUUCCAACCAUUAGUUGAGAAGGAGAACAACUCGACUGGCCAUGUUGCAUUUGAAAACAUAUGUGCCAUGCCCGAAUAUAAGAAUUGGUCGUUUGAAGAAUUGCGCUUGAAGGAUUACGAACUUGGUCGCCGUUAUGGUGACGGUAAUGUUGGCAAUACCAACAGCUUUGGUCAACAAAAUUCCCUGGGCGGGUUUGGCUCGUCAUUUGGUCAGAACAACACCACAAACACUUUUGGCAACAAAUUUGGUCAAACCAACUCAACCCCGUUUGGUGGUGCUAAUACCCAAUCUGGCUUUGGUCAAUCAAACACCACCUCGGGUUUUGGUUCUGGCGGAUUUGGUCAAAAUAACACCAGCAGCGGGUUUGGUCAAAGUAACUCCACUGGCGGUUUUGGUCAGUCUAACACAGGCUUCGGUUCUGGUGGUGCAUUCGGUCAAAACAGACCUGCGUUCGGUGCCACUGGAAGUGGCGUUUUUGGUCUGAAUAAUGCCAAUAAUAGUACUGGUUUUGGUGGAAGCAGUGGUUUUGGCAAUAACAACACCACUGCUUCGUCCACCUUUGGGCAAACCUCCAACACUGGGGGAUUUGGCUCUGGGUUUGGCAACAAUCAAUCGAAGCCUGGUGGUAUCUUUGGCCAGAACAACUCCGGAAACGUUUUUGGUAAUAAUCAAAACCAAAAUUCAGGUGGCAUGUUUGGGAACAACAACACCAACUCCGGCUUUGGUUCCAGCUCGACUGGUUUUGGUGCUUCCCUGGGUGGCUUUGGGCUGAACAACAACAAUCAAGCUGGGGGGGUGUUUGGGCAAAACAAACCAAGUGGCGGUCUUUUUGGUAGCAACCAAAAUAACCAAACUGGUGGUUUAUUUGGAAACAACAAUCAAACUCAAAACCAAAAUGGUGGGUUGUUUGGCAAUAAUCAAAACCAAUCAGGAGGCCUUUUUGGGGCGAACAAACCCAACACGGGCUUGUUUGGCAACAACACGACAAACCAAAGCGGCGGUAUGUUCGGUAAUAACCAGAACAACCAAAACAACCAAUCUGGUGGUUUGUUCGGUAAUAACAACAUGAAUAAUAACCAAUCGGGGGGGUUAUUUGGCAACAAUAACGCCAAUAAUACAACUAACCAAGCCGGUGGUAUUUUUGGGAACAACCAGAACCAAAAUCAAAACAAUGCGGGUGGUUUGUUCGGAAGCAAGCCCGCAGGCACCGGCUUUGGUUCGUCCACUGGUGGCGGCUUGUUUGGUAAUAACAACAAUACCGCCAACAACCAAUCGGGAGGUUUAUUUGGCAAUAAUAAUAACAACUCAAGCAAUGCCUCUGGUGGUGGUUUGUUUGGCAACAAUAACAACAACAACUCUACUGGCGGAGGCCUUUUUGGAAACAACGCCAACAACAACAACGCAACGUCGGGUGGCCUUUUCGGCAACAAGCCAGCUACUGGGGGCUUGUUUGGAAACAACAACACAACCACCAAUACUCAGUCAGGUGGUCUUUUUGGCAAUAACAACUCUCAGUCUAAUAAUACUGCGGGUGGUCUUUUCGGUAAUAACAGCAACAACAACCAAGUCAAUAACAACCAAUCGUCGCUGUUAUUUGGAACCGGCAAUAUGAGCACACUUAAUCAGCAAGGUCAGCAACUGUUGGCAAACAUCAAUGCUGUCAACCCAUACGGGACUAAUCCUCUCUUCGUGCAAUUGUCCGAUUCUGCUGCUGAAAAGUUUGUGAAGCAAGGUCCCCAUGCUUCGGUCAUGGGUUCCAAGAAACCGGUCACUCUUUCAAGCGGAUCUAGAGCUAUCGCACCCUUGCAUAAGGCCACAUCUUUGAGACUGCGCCUUGCUGACCCUCAAGCUCUGGCCUCGGCCACUCAUCAAGUGUUGCUGCCUUCAACAGAGCUGCAAACGCCUUUCUCCGCUGAAACUGACGCGGCAAUUCUUUCGCUGGAUCUUUUCAAUCACAAUCGCUUCCGCAAAUUGGUUUUGGAUAAGCUGAAACAGUCGGAUUUGUUGAAUUCGACGUCACGUCCGAGCCCCAAACAAGUUCUGUUUAAGGAAUCGUCAACACCUGAUGACAGAGCCGAGAUCAUGGAUUCGGCGCAGGAAAGCGACACCGCUCGCACCACUCCUCAAGAAGUUGGUCCGCCAAAGACCGACGAAGCCAGUGUUGAGAAUGUUGAUGAUAAAGAUUAUUGGACGCUGCCGCUGAUUGAUGCACUCAAAAAGAAAUCCAUGGGAGAUCUUACCAAGGUAUCCAACUUGACAGUUGGUCGAAAGGACUUUGGUUCAGUAGAAUUUUUGCAACCGGUGGAUUUGACUCUGGUAUCGCCAACCGUGGAUGACCUUGUCGACAAAUUGGUGAAAAUAGACCAAGCUCUGGUAUUUAUUUAUCCCGAUGAUGAAAAGGUCCCUAUGAGGGGUGAAGGACUCAAUGUUCCUAUUAGAGUCACGCUUGAAAAUUGUUACCCGAUCAAUAGUGAGGAUAACCUACCCGUACUUGACCCUCACUCGCCACUUGUGACUAAGCAUAUUGAAGCGCUUAAGAAAUUGGGCGAACAGGGUCAAAAAUUCGAAAGUUACGACCCCGUGACGGGGACGUGGGUGUUCACUGCGGAGGGAUGUGAUUAA